AUGGAGCGGCUGUGGUUCUCUCUGCUGUUGCUGGCAGCAGUGUGCAGGGGACAGCCGUGUCCGAAACGCUGCAUGUGCCAGAGCCUUUCUCCGUCGCUCGCUAUCCUCUGCUCAAAGACAGGCCUGCUCUUUGUUCCCGCCGCCAUUGACCGACGCACAGUGGAGCUACGGCUUCAAGAGAACUUCAUCACAGCUGUCCGAAGAAAGGACUUUGCCAACAUGACCAGCUUGCUACAUCUGACCCUGUCCAGAAACACCAUCAGUCAGAUUCUCCCCUCAGCUUUCAGUGACCUGCGGCGACUCAGAGCCCUCCACCUGGACUCUAAUAGAUUAACAGUGAUCAAGGAUGACCAUUUCAAAGGCCUGACCAACCUUCGUCACCUGAUCCUGGCCAACAACCAGCUCCACUCCAUAUCUCCCCAUGCCUUUGACGACUUCCUGUCCACACUGGAGGAUCUCGACCUCAGUUACAACAACCUUGCCCAAGUGCCCUGGGACACAAUCGGGCGCCUGACCAAUGUCAAUACGCUAAAUAUGGAUCAUAACCUCAUUGAAAAUGUUCCACAAGGGGUAUUCACCAACCUGCACAAACUGGCGAGGCUAGACAUGACAUCCAACAAACUGAAGAAAAUUCCCCCGGACCCAUUGUUCCUAAGGAUCCCAGUUUAUGCCAAGUCCAAAGGCUCCCCCCUCUCCUCCCUGGUGUUGAGUUUUGGUGGCAACCCCCUUCACUGUAACUGUGAACUCCUGUGGUUAAGGAGACUGACCAGAGAGGAUGACCUCGAGACAUGCGCCUCCCCCCCUGACCUCAGUGCCAAGUACUUCUGGACAAUACCCGAGGAGGAGUUUAUUUGCGACCCACCAGUUCUGACACGUAAGUCACCUCAUACAGUGGCUAUGGAAGGCCAGCCUGCGAGCCUGAAGUGCAAAGCGAAUGGCGACCCAGAGCCUGAAGUCCAUUGGAUCAGCCCUGAAGGGAGACUUAUAUCUAAUAGCUCAAGAACAUUGGUUUUCCCUAAUGGAAGCCUGGAGAUCAACGUAACAUCUCUGAAGGAUUCAGGGAACUUCACCUGCAUCGCCUCCAAUGCAGCAGGUGAAUCCACAGGAAGGGUGGAGCUCGUUGUCACGGCAAUGCCCCAUCUGGCAAACAGCACAAGCCGCAGCCGAGACCCGUCCUCUGAAAUUGCUCCCUCUGACAUCCUAACCUCCUCCAAGGUUGCGUUGCCGAACAACGAGACUAGGGGGGCAGACCGGAGGGUCUCAUUGGUGGAACUGACAGGAAACUCUGCCCUCAUUAGAUGGAGCAGUCAGACUCCUACAUCUGGAGUCAGGAUGUUCCAGGUCCAGUACAACAGCUCUGGAGAUGACACACUGGUUUACAGGAUGAUUCCAUCCAGCAGCAAUGACUUCCUGGUUCGCGACCUUGCCGCCGGACGCAACUACGAUCUUUGUGUCCUGGCCGUGUUUGAUGAUGUCAUCACCUCACUGACAGCAACACGUCCUUUGGGCUGUCUGUCAUUCACCACAGACACGGAGUUCAGCCAGUGCCAAGCACUGCACAGCCACUUCCUGGGUGGUACUAUGAUCAUCAUCAUCGGAGGGAUUAUCGUUGCCUCUGUGCUGGUUUUUAUUAUCAUCUUAAUGAUACGAUACAAAGUUUACAGCAACCAAGGGGCAGGCCAUGGAAAAGCAGCCAUUGCGACAACAGCGGCGAGACCGCAGAGCAAUGGACAAGGAGGGGGCGGACAGGUCCAAGUCCUCCCUCGCUCUGCCUCAAAAAUGCCCGACAGUCAGGAUGACCAGGCGCUAGCGCCGUCCAGGGCCAUGUCGCCUAGCAACACUCUGAGAGACACUGUGGCAUUGGUCGAGGAGGAGGGCAGUGGACGGAGCCUAAUGACAAGGACUGACUUCUUGGCCAAUGAGGAGUUGCUCUCGCCCACCAAGGCCCGCUUCUCCUCCAGGGUCGCCAUCGAGAUGAAAAGCAGACCGCCAUCUGUCGCCAAAGAGCCCACCUCCCCCAAGGAACUGGCAGGUAGUAGAGGAAGAGAUAUACAUAGAGGAGGCAAGCAGCAGAGCAAGGAGCAAGCAUUUCAGAGAGGUGGAAGGAAAGACUAA